AAUGGUUAUUCCGUCAAAUUUCACAUCUUUUAACAUCCGCUGCCGAAAGUUUUUCUUUUCCACCCAACCCCGAGCCAGCACGAUCGCCAUGGAUGCUCACUCCCUCCCUUGAAAUUCUACGGUCUCACGCUGCCGCUGACGCCGCUCUCAGUGCCGCCCAUCUCGCCGUAGCUGCCCUGCAACGCCUCAUCUUCCUCGCUAAUACUUUUUCUUUCUCUAAGUGGGUGCUUAUCUAUAUAUUCCACAGGCAAUUUUCAACUUAUCGUUCCGAGCAAGUUUUGCUUUUGCUGGCUAAUUCAUUUAACCAUUUUCUAUUUUCUUUUUCUUUUGCUGGCCCUUUGAGUGGACUUAAAUUGGCCCCUAUGGUAUUUGGCAAGUCUGCCUGCAAAGGACCUGCUAGAUGUUAUUGACAAAUUUGAAAUAAACCUUUUGCAAAAUCACAAUAUACCCAGUCCUCACGAAAUUGAGUAUAUUUCACCCAAAAGCCCAACACAAUGGCUGAUUAUCACUUUGUGUACAAAGACGUUGAAGGAGCCUCCACUCAGUGGGAUGACGUUCAGAGAAAGCUAGGAAACCUACCUCCAAAGCCUGCUCCAUUCAAGCCCCCAGCCUUCACGCCUGCCCAAGAUGGGGCGUCUGUCCCCAAAGACAAGUCUUGGAUCGACCAGAAGACUGAGGAGGAGCUCGAAGACCUUGAGGACGAUCUAGAUCUCGAUGACGACAACUUCCUUGAAGAGUAUAGGAAAAGGAGGUUGGAGGAGAUUAGAGAAGCAGCUAAAAUCUCUAAAUUUGGAUCAAUAAAUCCAAUAUCAGGGUCGGAUUUUGUGCGAGAGGUUUCACAGGCUCCAUCUGAUGUUUGGGUCGUUGUUAUUCUCUACAAAGAAGGAAUUCAAGAAUGCGAUGUGUUGAUGAAUUGUUUGCAAGAACUGGCCGCAAGAUAUCCAGCCACAAAAUUUGUUAAAAUAAUUUCCACAGAUUGCAUUCCGAACUACCCAGAUUGUAAUCUUCCAACUCUGUUAGUAUACAACAAUGGCGCAGUGAAAGCAAAUUACGUGGGUCUUCGAAGUUUUGGCAGAAGAUGCACGCCAGAAGGUGUUGCACUAGUUCUUUGUCAAGCCGAUCCAGUGCUUGAUGAUGGUCAGUCUGGAAACGAUCGAUCGAGAACAUCCGUGCUUGAAGGAGUACGCAGAAAGAUAAUCGAGAAAGUAGUGAGAGAGCAUGAAGAUGAGAAUGACGAUGGAAAUUCGAGUGAUUAGAUUUGGAAUCAGUCACUCUGUUCUAUGCUAUGCUCUCAGCUGUUUUAUUUGGAUGUUGAGAAGUGUUUGGUUCUAAUUUGUGAGUUUCUACAAAUUAGAACCAAAAGUUUUAUCAUCUAAUGAAUGUUUUUGUGAUGUAUGAUGUGCCUGAAGUUGACUCACUGCAACUCAAAAGUUUAAAGGACCAAAAAUGUAUAUUCAAUAAUUUUUUAUUGAUUUUUUUAAUGGUCAGACAUCGAAAGUAGUCUUAGCACAGUUUAUUGUUCUGGUAGUGCUGCUCGGACCUGGGCGGUGGUGUGGUGUACCUUUACAACUUUACUGGGUAUCCUCUCCUGAGCCUUUGGUGCUGCAUUCUCUAUUCCACAAUCAAUCCCCUUUCGGGCGUUGAGUAACUUGUCGGUGCUCAUGUGCUUCUGAGCUUGGGAGAUGAACUCAUCGAAGGUGAAACAAGCGUUUUCUCUCCUAGGGUCUGGAGAAAUUUCUCGUCUCGUAGUCCAACCAUAAUGGCGGUCAGUGCAGUGCCAUUUGUGUUACCCUUCUACUUUUAAAGUCUCGUUGUUAAAGCUAGCACAUCACGUAUAUGGCGGUGACUGAAGCUCUUAAAGAGGUGAUAUGGCUACGAGAGUUGGCUAAAGAAUUGGGGGAGAAUUUAAAAGAUCAGUUGGUUGUCUACUGUGACAGUUGGAGAUCUGUUUAUUUUAUCCGGAAACCAAACUUUAUCCUGAGGAUUAAGCACAUUGAUGUAUAAUUUCUCUUCAAAAGAGAUAUAAUUGCUAAAUGUUGCUAGAUCAUUGGUUAAUUCCUUUA